AUGUUCCUGGCGCGCACGACGGAGAUGAAACCCGUGGUGGAGCGCGGAGCACCGGUGGGGUUUCCGAGAAUAAGCGAGUACACGGGAGUGAACAGCGGGACAGUGCCUAAGUACAACAACACAGUGGUGCACGUGACUCCUCCAGACGUGACCCUGUGUGUGGGGAACGGCUUCAUCGUUCAUGCUGUAAACUGCGCGUUGGUGGUGUAUGACACAAAGGGGAAGCAGCUCACACGCAUCAUCCCGCAGAACGAGACUACGUGGACCAGAAAGACCCUAUUGAGGCAUCAGUCAUGGGCGACAACAUCGGUGGCCUCACCUGCACUUAUGAUCGCAAGGCGCGACGCUUCUAUCUUUCGGCCUUCUGGCUC